AUGGAAGUAGCUACAAAGAACAGUAAUAUGAAUGUUCUAGACACAUACAUCUUGAAUGAAGGGGCCAUAUUCUCCCAGUUAUCUCAUCCCAACAUUGUGCCAUUUCUUAGCUAUAUGGUGGAUGAGAAUUCUUUUUCCUUGAUCUCGGAGUUGAUGGAAGGAGACCUGCAGGUUGUGAUUGAUAGCAGAAUGCACGAGGAUGGCAAUCGUGAUAGUCCAUUCAGCAUAUUGGAAGCAUGUGACAUUAUGCUGCAAGUUGCAGAAGGCAUGCACUACAUGCAUCAGAACAAAGUUGUUCACAGAGAUCUAACGCCAUCAAAUAUUUUAGUGAGGAGUUCAAAAGGCUACAACUCUGUUUACUGGUGUUCCAAAGUGUAUAUCAGGUGCUCCUUGCUUCUAGGUUUGAAGUUGUUCUAA